AUGUUGCUCAACAAGGGGCAGCGGAUGAAGAAGGAGCAGGAGGAGGAAGCUGGGCUCCUCCUGCCCAGCCUCAUGGGCUGUGUCGUAGCAGCUCAUCCGGCCUCACCUCCUCCACCGGCUGGGGUCCCGGAAGAUCUGGGCUUAAAUGUCUCCACCUCGGAGCGUCCUCCUCUGAUCAUGCUACUGAGAGUUGUGAACUGCUUGCCUCCUUCUCCUCCACUUGCACUGGGCUAUGACAUCAGGAAAGAAGGAAAGGGCAGGCAGGAGAUGAUGUUGAGAGCGAAGGAAGAAAAAAGGGGGACACUAGUUUACACACACGUGUCUCCUCCCUUAGCAUGCAGCCCCGCCCCCGGGGCCACGGGAGCCAAUCCGCGCGUGCGCGCACUCUGCGGCUCCGGCCCCGCCCCAGCGCCCUCCUCAGCGGCGCCCCUCCCUCCGCCCGCCCAACGGGCAGUUCGUCAGGCAGGCAGGCCGGCGGCAGUUGGUCGAGCUGACGGCGGCUCGUCAGGUCUCUCGAGCGCUGCUGGUCCUGCUCCCUUCCACAGCGGCGGCGGCGCGGUGUCUCCGGGAAGCGCGGCGCUGGCCGAGCGGCGGCCGCGGAGCUCAGUGCCCGGCGCGGCGGCGGCGGGCGCGCGCCCCGAGGCGGUCCGCGGGCAGGUGUGCGACGGGGGGCCGCGCUCCAGCAACCUGCUACCUCGGCGAGGGCUCCCACGGCGUCGUGUGGAAGCCUACGUGAUGGCCAGUGUGGACAGUCCUCACACGUGCCACGUGCUGGGCAUCCGCCUGGCCUCCCCGGUUCAGCUCAUCACACAGUUCAUGCCCUUUGGCUGCCUCCUGGACCACGUCCGUGAGCCCAAGGACAGCAUCGGCCCCCAGCGCCUGCUCACCUGGUGCGUGCAGAUCGCGAAGGUGAGUCAGAGGAGCACAUGGAGCAGGCGGCCAGCUCUGAGAGCAGGGCAGAUACCGCCUUAGCUUGCGGCUCCCGCCCUCAUCUCCUGGGGUGACGCGAUCGUUAGUGAGAGACCCAGAGAAGAGCCGCAAGGAGGAAAUCAAGACAACCGGAAAAUCAAGUUACGUUCUCCACGCUGGGAUAACCGGGAGCUUGUCGAGAGAGUGUGUGUGCAUGGACAACGUGUACACAGCAUACACUCUUCUUUACUUGGGAUCGACUGAAUUGAUCAUCUUUCACAUCAGAUCACUGCCUGUCCUGCCGGACACCAAAAAUCUAACUGUUCAGCUACGUUCGCACAACUGUCUCUUUAUUGGGUGGCCUCAGUGUGGUCUGAUGUUAGCGUUCCCAUUUCCCUGGCAACCUUCCCGUGGAAUACUACGGUGAUCUGCGGCAGAGGAGAUGUGGCUUUCACCCCGUCGGGACUUGACAACAAGGCCAGGAAACCAGGCCGAGGCUGUCAGGUGACAGAGUGGCUGGGUGGACAGGCAGGUGCUGGCUCUGGGGCCUGAUGUGCUGGGGACCCGGGUGGACAGGUGCUUCUGCUGCUUCUCUGGGACUCCUUACAUGUCCGCCUGUGGCAGCCGGAUGCAGGGCGAGGGUGGGGCUGAGGGUGCAGGCAUGGCCCCACCUGUGAGCUGAGGACAGGACCAUAGCAAUGAGCCGGGUAAUUUAGCUGCUUAUACGGACAUUCUUCAUCUCAGACCUCUCCCUCUGGAUCUCAGCACUGCAUCCAUUAUUUGCAACCCAACUUGCUAAAUUCUGUUUCCUUCUGUCAGUGGGUACUCCACUCAGUAGAACGCAAGGAAUCCGUGGGCAUGCCCCUCAGCUCCCUCGGGUACCGGGGCUGAUGGGGGGUGCUGAGGGGCAUGCGGGGACCAGGGAGGCAGGGGCCACUGGCUGCUCCCCUCACCCCAGGUCGGUAGUGCAGUUCACCCUGCAGAAUUACUCCCGAGUCUGCUCUGGACUUGCCCGCUGAACCCUGAGCAGAAGUGGCAGGUGACUUGUAACACAAACGUGUUUGGGUGUCUCUUGGCCCGGCGCUGCCCAGGACACCACAGGACGGGCUCCUCUGGGUCAGGGGUGCUGGCUGAGGCAGGCUCCCUCCCGGAACUGGGGCUCUCCACCAGGCUGGCCAGGCGGGGGGCUGUCUCCCAGGAUAACAGACAACAGCCCAGCACUGCUCUAGUUCUGGCCGGGGUCGAUUUCUCAGCACAGCCCCUGGGGGCUCCCAGCACCCUGGGAGUGGGGAAGCACCUUCUUGGACCCCUGCCAAUCCCCUGGUUCUUGUCACUCUCACACCAUAAGCCUGGUCACGGAACUGAGCGGUUACACGCUCAGUUAGAUGUUGUUAGAUGCUGGUCCUGGUUGGGCCCGUGUGCCCCAGAUACUGCAGUGUCCUGAAGAUGCUGGUAUUUCUCUGCGUGAAUGUCUUAGUUUCCUGGGGGCUACUACCAAAACUCGCCACCAGUCUGGCGGUUCCCACAACAGGAGUUAACCUGGAGGUCGGAAGUCCGAAGUCAAGGUGUCAGAAGGGCCAUCGCCCUCCAAAGGCUCUAGGCGAGACUCCUGCCUCCCCUGCCAGUUCCGGUGGUCCAGGCACUCCUGGGCCUGCGGCCGCAUCCCUCCCAUCUCCGCCUCCAUCCUCACAUGGCCUCCUGCCCCGUGCCUGACUCCACAUCACCUUCUGUCUUGAAAGACACGAGUCACCUCUACAUCGAGGCGGAUUUCGUCUCGACAUCUUUAAACUAAUUAGAUCUAAACCCUAUGUCUGAAUGAGGUCACGUUCUGGAGUUCUGGAUAGAUGUGGAAAUUUGGGGGGGACGCUGUGCAGCCCAGUUCAGCGGCUGAUGUCGGGGAGGAGGUGGUUAGCUCUGAGUAGUUUUCCUGGAAUGUAGAAUUAUACCUGGAGGUCUCCUCUGAACCCAGAAAUUCUUCCUGAGUCUCUUCUCUGAUUAUCUAUGGCAGAAGGGUCACCAAAGGUAUCACCCUCCACCCCAGGCAGCCUCUACUACCUUGCUGAAUUUGCUUUAUUUUUUUAAACACGCAUUGCUACCUGGGAAGAUCUGGUUUCUUUACUUCUUUACUGGAGACUGGGAGCUGAGCUCUGUGAGAGCCGUGCCCUGGCUGCGUCCCACAUUGGGCGGGGCCCCCAGAACCCUGCACAGCUGGGCUCAUCUCCUCCUGCCUGGCUGCUAAGUCCCAGCUCACCAGAGAGCGCCCAGAGACUUAGCAUUUCUUCUCUGAUUAUCUGUGUCAAUUCGCAGCUGUACAGAAGUGGCUUUUCAUGUGAUGAUGGGACACACAGCCUUGGCAAAUUUUGCCCAACACAGAACUGGGGUUAUGGUUCCGUGGAGUCAGCUCUCAGUCCUGGCUUUUGUUAGGCAGGUGGUCUCUCUGCCCCUUGUCUCUGUGGCUGAAGGUGGGGCUCUGCCGUCUGUUCCCCCCAGCCCGCUGCAGGACCUCCGGGAAGCACCCGCCUCUGGCCCCAGUGCCCACCCGAUGCUCACUUCUCCGUUUUCCCCCAUGUUCUGACUAAUUAAAUGUGGAUUAAUGACUAACACCUAAGCUGCAACCUUGUCUUAUUCUAGUUCAAUACCAACUCUCAUCCCUUAGAGCAGAACCUCCUGUUCUGGGUCUUCUCUUGUACACGAGCUUUUCCCCUCUCACCUUUGCAAUCUUAACAUUCACAUCUCCCUGACCACGAGUCUCUGAAUAAUUGGAACUUUCUGUGACCCUCAAAAUCAGUCUAAUACAACGUGAGCUAAAAACAAAAACCCGGAUCGGGCAGUGCCUGCCGCAGGACAAAUUCAGCUCUGUCCGGGCCCCUGUCAGGGGUGAGUUUCCAAUGUGCCUGAGUUGAGUUUCCCGGGCCUGAAAGUCUUCCAAGAUAGUUCUCUGUAUGACAUUACUCACAAAUUCAACCUGCUGUUUGAAUCCACUGCUCUGUCAAUUGCACUUUGAUUUGGUUUACCCUCAUCUGAAGUCCUGUCACGUUGCAGCUGGCAGCCUUUGUCUGUGACAGAGCCGCAUUCCACAAGAGAAACACCCCACGGCACUUGAACAGCUGUAGUGAUGCAGUAUCUGUCCCUGGAGGGAAAGGAAAAUAAUGAUUUCCUCAGUUGUAAAGAGAGAAAUUUGCUCUUGGGUUAGUGUCUAUUUCCCAAAGUAGUGAACAAUGUUCUUUGUAAAAGCUAGAAGUGGAACUACCCAGGAAUACUUAGUGGCUGACCAGAAGCUAAACCUGCUGCCGUUUCUGAAGGGGGAUUUCUGCCUUAUAAAUGUCCUCGCUGAUUCACAAAGGCACGGGCUCUCCUGGGAAGUUCUCCAAAUACUGAUGGAGAGCUCAGCACUGUUAUGCAAGUUUCUUGCCCCAGCUAAACUGCCAAGAGGACACAUAAAAUUGUAUCGUAUAUCACCCAGGUAAAAGGAAAAAGAAAAGAACAAAAAAGCCAGAGAUGGCCUAGGGAGGAAACCAGGGUGGGGCUGGGAGAGCAGGGACGCACUUCUGUGCGUGGUGAGAGUGGACUCUAGACUCAGGCCCAGGAGGUGCUCACUCGUCAGAGAGACGAUCACCUCCUAAGCUCCGGGCUCACGGAGACACAGGUGGCGCUCACUCACUAGGAGUGACUCGGGACCUUCAGAACGUGUGCCCAUUCUUUCUUGCUACAUAAACAAGCAAGUCCCAAAAUAAUCUGACGGCACAAAAAUGUUGUAAAAUCUUCUCAUCCAAGAGAUGCUGUUAUCAGUUCAGAUCUGAGAACACAGCUGCUGUGCCGGGCUCUUCCUUUAGGGCAUCUCAGGGCCCCGCACCUGUCAGCGAUCCAGGCUGUGAUUACUCUAACGCUGUCCCGAGUCUUUGGGACCACAGAGCUUUCUUAUUCCCUAACGCGGAUUGAGUUCUCACAAAACUGAGUUUUCAGAGAGACGAUGUAAGUUACAGAUCCUCGGCCAGGCCCUGGUGAGAUGUGAAGGUGGCUACGAGGGGAAGGGAGAGGCUCUGAGGAAGAAACCACAGCUCUGUCAGCACCACAUGACGCCUAGUUCACGUAACAAAACUUAGUAAGGAUGAACUUCAAAAAACAUUCCAUUCAAAGGAUCCACUUUUCAAAGGAUACUUAGCUUGGUCUAAAUGCAUCUGACAGAGCCCUAGGUGUUCUCACUGCUCACAGUUAUAAGAGCUGUCAGGGCAUGUGAGUAGCUGAGGGAAGACACGUCCAGGUGAGGGAAGGGAGGUAGCCAUGCCCCGAGAUGUCGCAGAACAUCCCAGCCACAUGUGCCUGGUUCUAGGGGCCUUGUGAUGGAACCCAUGUUGACAAAUUAUAACGUGGUCUUGACGGAUGAGCAGGGGUGGGAGAGAAUGAAAUUUAUUCUGGAGGAGGGGCUGGAAGAGGAGCUGUCAUCGGUCAGCCUUGCUCAGCUGUCGGGAGGGUGACACUGACUGUUCUGAGCAACUUCAAGUGCAUAAUCUCCCACCUGGGCCCAGGGGCCUGGCCCUCUCCCCAGGUCUGCUCCCUCACUCCGGCUUUCCUGUGCUCCAGGCCAGGACUCCUAACCGUGAGAUUCCAGGCGCAGCCAGAGGGUGGUGACUCUGCCACCAGCCUCCAUCCACAGGGCCAGAGAGGACAUCUAGGAGCUGACUCCCCUGCAAAGCACACACCUACAUAAACCCCCAGAAGACCAGAGAGAUGCCCAGAGCCACACAGCAGAGCCGAUGACCAGACAGCGCAGUUAUUUGGAUUAUUUUUAAAAUUUAUUUUACAUUCUUGCAUAAAAGAUCACAGCGGAACUUCAUCGACCUAAAUGACCACUUCAUGGUAUGUCAUUAUAAAGCCAAAAGUUGCUGUCCCACCAAUGCACAGGCAUCUACUUUUGGACAUUUCACUGCUUCAUUUCUUGGGCAUUUAUGUCAGGGUCAGAUAACACAUGAAAUGCACAUACAUAAAGAAGACAGAUGUUAUCUCCCCAAACUUACAAACAGGCGAGGAAAACAGAUGCACACAGAGCUAGAGGCGCAGCAGGAAAGGAGUGGGUUAGAGCAGGCGGGCUGAGGGACCCGACACCCAGAAGCUGCUGUGCAGGUCACACGGGGACCAGCAAAGUGGGCUCAGUGUGCCAGCCACGUGCCAGUCCAGGGAAGUCAGCAGUGAGGAAGCCAGCCCGCACCUCACCCCAAGGGCCCCAUGCUGUGAGAGCCUGACCAUGUCCUGGGGACCGUCUGAGGGGAGCAGCCUGUGAGAGGUGGCUGGGACACUGAGGACUGUGGAAGGGGUGAGGGGCAGGGAGGAGCCGGGAGGGGAGGGAGCAGAGGGGGGAACCACCCCAGGGCCACGCAAGCCCAGCUUCAUCACAAAAGCAAAGAGCGCCACGUGGGUAUAUUCAUGAUCAGACUUUUGUGGAAAGUGUAGCAGGAUAGGGUGGUCAUGGCAGAAGAGGUGGAGAAGAGAGGGUGGAGCUGACACUCAGGAGGAAAUGAACAGUCACAGCAGUGACGGAGGCUCUCCCUGGGCUGCAUCCAAAGCGCUCCAUGUGGACUGCAGUCAUUUAAUCCCCCGAGCAGCCCAUUUUACGUAAGGGGAAAGUGGGGCCUGGGGUGUUCUAGUAACUCGAGAAGGUCUCAAGCUAGCAAGCGGCAAAAUCAGGAUCUGACUUGGGGCAUCCUUGCUCCCGAGCCUGUGCUCUUUGCCAGCACUUGAUGUGACGGUCAGAGUAGGACCUGCAGGCCCGAGUCCAGCUGUGCUGCUGUCCCCACACAGCAGGAGGCUGGUGCCGCGCCACCUCUGGGUGGGACAGGAAGUUCUCACGUGUCCCCUCUCUUCUGAGGGCAGGCUGAGUUCAGUGGGGUGGAGGCCAGGCUUUCCUUUACUCUCCCCAAACCUCCUGCCUACCCCUCCACGCCUACUUUCUGCCCUUCCGUCUUCACCAAGUCAGCACUUCUCUGACUUCUCCACUUGGUGGCUGAACAACAGGCCAGAAAUGCAGCUCACUCCUGCCUCUCGCUCGGGGCUCCUCCCUGGAGCUGUAGGUACCACAGCGCCUGGGAAGACAUUCCACACACGUCAAGCACACCCCAGGCCUUUCUUCUGAGGGUGCUGUGCCAGGAAAGUCUUUAAAGCCCACGUGCACUGGCCCUGAACCUCCUGUGUGCCCAGGGUGGCUCUUCAAACCCCCUUUCAACCUCAGUGUCGCAAUACCCACCCCAGCUCUCCUAUGUUAACCAACAAAAUAAAUGCACUCCACUAAAUUAAAGCCAGCAUCUCAGAGAAGAGUCAGGGAAAUGAGUUUCCAAGAGGCUCUGCGAGGCUUAUGCGCAUCCGAAGCAGCCUUUGGACCAGUCAGCAGGCAAGUUUCACGUGGAGUCGCCUGCAGGAAAUUGAGGACACUGUCCCAGUUGUGGUGGUGGGGACUCCCAGCCCUUGGUCUGGGAAGCGUUGGCCCAGCCUCUGGACCCCUGGAUCGCUGUCAGGGCGGUGGUGUGGGUGCCGGACUGUCAGCCCCAGAAGGGGUUUCCUUGCGGGCCUGUUUGAAACGCCUGGCUCAGGCUGUCAGCCGCUGUUACACCCGCUUAUCCUGGCCUCUAUUCAUCUUCAACAAGCUCUUGCAAAAAUGCAUUCAGUGUACCAAGUUCUCCGUGAGGCAUCUAAAGAGGCAGAGUGCAAGUUCAGGAUGAUAGUUAAAUGUAGCUGGACAUGCCCUCGGCGUCCUCCUUGUGGGUUGAAUGACUCCCCGGAGAGGCCAGGCUGAUGGGAAGUGGCCCCCCCCACCGGAAGUGGGGAGAGGUGACGGGGUAGGAGGUCCUGCUCCGUUAGGAAGCCUCUUCUCAGCACGGCUUCCCUCUCCCUCCCACACCCCAUCCCUAAAUAACAAUUCCUAAUUUGGAAGUGCUGUUCCAGCAGGACGCCUGCUAGCCGCCUCCUGAGUGGACAGGAGCCCCUCAGCCUUACUUCCUGGCACCUGAGACAUCUUAGGAAGGGAAGCAUUUAAGGCAAACAGUGGCUGGGCGGGUACAGCUCAGUAGUAGAGCUCAUGCUUAGCACUCACUAGGUCCUGGGUUCAAUCCCCAGGGCCUCCAUUAAAAAUAAAGACAGACCUAAUUACCUCCCCGCCUCCAAAAAACAUAAAUCAAAUGACAUCGUAACAUUCAAGAGCCGUCUAGAUAAUACAAGGGAGACAUAGGGAUUGAUCUUUCUUUUUCCCCUAAGAAAAGAAAAACAUUACAGGCUUCACAAACAGCCCUCUGAGACUAAUUCCUGGCAGGGUCUUUUUAAGACCCUAUUUUCCUAUAAUGGCUAGUUUUGCUCUAGAAGAAAAUCUUUAAAUUUUGCUCCAAUAACGACAAGUUAAUUACUUUUUUAACCUAGAAUCUAUGUAAGAGAAAGCACAGAAUUUGCCAGAAAAUUUGGGAUCUAUUCUUAUCUACACGUGCUCCCUGUACUUGCACUAAAAUGGGGAGAGCUACAGAAAGCCGGAGAGGAAAGCCGAGUUGUUUGAACCUGCUCGUUUCCAUUUCGUGCCUUCUGUAAGCAUUUCUCUCAUGCCUGCUCUGCUGGAGAGUUCUUGAGUGUCUGGGAAACUGGAAAUGUGGCCCACCCUCCUGGCUGAAGAGAGGAAGUGGCCGCUGUGAGGAGGCGGAGAGACUGUGGCACCAACAGCACAGGGUGUGUGCAGACCCUGACCCUCCUCCCCUCCCGCCUGCCAGUCUGGCCCUGCCCACAGGCGAGGGCUGCCACUCUCAUGUCAGCAGGCUAGGGCCUGGCGGGGCCCUGCGGGGCUAGGCUCAGUGCAACAGGCAUCAGGCCAGGAGCAGGGGUGGGAAGUCACCCCCACCUGUCAGAGGAGAAGGGGCAGCUGACAAAGACACCAAGAAGGCUAUGGACAAGGACUGGAGUUGAGGGGACACACAGUAAGCCCUUCACAUCCGUGAUUUCUGCAUCUGCAGAGCCAACCAACCAUGGGUCAAAAAAUAUUUGGGGAAAAAAAAUUCCAGAAAGCUCCAAAAAACAAAAUGUGAAUUUGCCAGCCACAGGCAACUGUUUUCAUAGUUUUUACAUUGUGUUUACAGCUAUGCACAUUGUAUUAGGUGUUACAAGUCAUCUAGAGAUGAUUUUAAAUAUGUGAGAGGGUGUGUGUAGGUUUAUACAACUUCUGUGCUAUUUUAUAUAAGGGUCUUGGAUUUCUACAGGUUUGGGUGGGAAGGGAAGGGGAGGGGGCCCUAGAACUGAUCUCACAGGUACCAAGGGACAACUAUACAUUGAAGAAUUCACUACAUGUUGGGCACUGUGCUGGCUGCUUCUCAAAUACUCUUUCUUCCUCUUACAACCUUGAUUCUAAUUACAGCAGAAUUGUGGAGGCAGCCAGGGAGGGGUGGGGAGUGGCCCUUUGUAAAGUGAAUUCAAUAUCCACAUGACUUCAAUUAAAAGUUGAGAGAGAGAGAGAAAAUAAAACAGGACAGAACCUUCACUGGUACUGAAGCCUGUUUAAGACAGUCCAGGAAAGCGUGAAAGAGCGGGUUCUCAGCCCUGAGGCCAGGGAGGGCAGCAUCCCAGAUGCGCUGGCACACAGAAAGCGAGGCCAGGCAGGUGGCGGAGGGUGGUCCGGAACCAGGUCUCAGCCCGGCCGUGGGCCUGGCCUGGCCUCUUCUACUUGCUUCAUCUGAGUUUGAAACCUGAGUAACUGCAUGGCGGUAAGUCAUUAAGUCGGCAGCUAGUCAUGCUUCCUGUCUUCACUUUCCGUCCAUGGAGCAGUCACUAACGUUACAUGGUGCAACUUGCUGUGUCCGUCAAGGGAUGUCCCAGGAGGGGCUCCAGCGCCUUCCCUGGAGAGGAGGGGCUCCAAGGCUGUUGCACACGUGACACUAAACCCUGUACUGGGGCUUCCACGGUGACUCACUCUGUCCUCUGCUUGACCCUGGCCAAGCUCUCCUGGGGUCUGCCAAGCACCCCACUCCCUCACUGCACGGCCCCGUUUCAGGGCGUGAACUACCUGGAAGACCAGCGCUUGGUGCACCGAGACCUGGUGGCCAGGAACGUCCUGGUGAAGACAGUGCAGCACGGCAAGAUCACAGACUUUGGGCCAGAAUGCUUGGUGCUGAGGAGUACCACGCAGAAGGAGGCAAAGUAAGGAGCUGGCGGGUGGACGGGCGAACAUCCGCGUCAGCAGACUCACUGAGUAGGGGCAUUCUUGGGAUGUUCAGGGUGAGGUCACAGCAGCUGUCACUGACACCUGGGUCGAGCCAGGCCUUUUGUCCAGCUCAACCAGAGAUGCUUGGGGAGCAGGAUUUGCUGGGAAAGUGAGUAAAGGUCUUUCAGACACAUCGAGAAGCCAAAGGUAGUAAUCACGACUACAGCUUUGUCUCCCGGUGACCAUUUGCCAAGGUUAGAGGUCUUGAGAGCAGCGCUGAAAGCCCCCCCGAGUUGUUCCAGGGGCUCCCAAGGGGCACUGGCCGUCACAGAGGGAUAGGCCCAAGGGUUCUCCAGGGGCUCCCGCAGCAGUGAGGGGCGCCAGCCUCCUAUUAGGGCCUCCAGACACGCUGAGUCAGCCGCACCCCCUUCAGUUUCACUUGGCCCGCAUGGCUGCAAGCCGCCGGCCCCUGCAGACACCCACAGACACCGGGCCCGACCCGGGCCCCCAGCUCCCAGCUCGGGUGCCCAGCUCAGCAGAACAGCCCACAGACCAAAGGCCUUCAGCUCUGAGGCUGAACGGACCUGUUCUCUGCCAGACUAAAAGCUGUCCUCCCACUGGGAAGGAGCCCUGGGCCUGGGGGUCAGGGUGGAGGUGGCCCCAGCUUCCUCCCCUGUCACUUGUAAUUUGCCCCAGUGUAAUUUAUUGCUUUUUUUUUAACAGAGGGAAGCUAAUAGUUGCCUUAUUGCUUUCACCUUUCAUCAUCCCAAGGUGCCUAUCAAGUGGACUGCUUUAGAAUCGAUUUUACACUGAAUUUAUACCCACCAGCGUGGUGUCUGGAGCUACAGUGAGUCAAGCCCCUAAGGCUGAUGGAUGGUGCCAAGGCUCUGCUGGCUUAUGUUGUGGUCGGUUCACAUGACCCGCUUGUCAUCCCAGACAGUGACUGACGGUGACACCACCGCGUUGUCUGUCUGUUACACUAGAAAACAUGAGAAAGGAAACUGGGCCUGACUACCAUACCGAAUGUCACCGGAGGUAUCAGUGAGCCUGUAAGGAGAGAGGGCAAUGGGGGGGGCUUGAACUGAGGAAAUGCCUGUACCCACAAAAUCAAACCCAUCGUGACCUCUUGCCAUGAAUUUGAAGUGAACCAAAGGCAGAUUACAAGUGAGGUUUCAUGGGCAGAGAAGUGUGGUCUUAUGAGGGACUAACCCCGUGGCUGUUGUUCAGGUGGUGUGUGUAGUUUGUGUGUCAGGAGGAGCUUGACAGAGAUGCGCUGUGAGGAGGUGUCUGCAGGAAAAUGCAGGAAAGGGGAAAGUUACUGCUUCCAGCUCUAGUGAGGACCAUCUCACCAGGACCUGAUUCUCUUCCUUCUUCCACAUCCCCCCAGCCCUGUGCUCUGUGCCCUGAAGUGCUUCUCUCUCCUCAAACACGCCUUUCACAUCCUGGCCUCAUCCUCCGUGCAGAGGAUUCAGGAGCCUGCGGGGGCCUCGCCUUGCGGGAGAGCGGCCCCAGUACAUCCACUGAGUGUGUGCUAGGUGCUUCCAUCUGUGUUACCACUGCCAGCUCCCCGUGUCACCCGAAAUCUGCCAAAAGCUUGCCAAACACCUGAUCCGCACUGAUCCGUGAAUUUUCAGCCUGUCCCAGCUAUUAAGGCAAUGGAGGUGAAGUGGGGAGUCACCCCACCCCCAUUAAAAAUGUUUCUUUGGGGAGAGCAAUAUUGAAAGGAAUUUCCAGGAGGAAUGUAGUCAUAUCACAAAAAUAAGUCACGUAUAAACGAACUGACUUCUAAUAUUUUAGUUGUGCUAAUCUAUUUUUAAAAAUCCCCCUUUACUAACAUUUUUCUACAAAAAAUGUUUAUGUAAGUCAAGUUAAAUUUUUCGAUAAUUCAGAUUGCUUUGGUAAUUUUAGUUUAAGAUUAAGUUUAAGUUUAAGAAUGCUUCCAUGAGUCUCCCCUGUUAAACGUGACUUUGGAGUAUCAUUCAUAGGUUUUAACUUUUAAAUAAGACUUAUGUUGUCUCAUGAAGACACCAAUUAACCUGAACUCCCUAAAGUUUUCAUACCAGUUACCUGAUCAGAUAGGGUAAUAGUUCUUGCACACCAUGUUCAAGAUGAUGAAAAACACACAACUGUAUUUAAUACCUAGAAAUAAAUUUAACCAAGGAGGGGGAAGAUUUGUACACUGAAAACUACAGGACAGUAAGAAACAAAUUAAAGUAGACAAAAAUAGAUAGAUAUUCCACGCUCAUGGAAUAAAACAAUUAACAGUGCUAAAAUAGACCCAUGCUACCCAAAGCAUUCUACAGAUUUAAUACAAUCACUAUUAAAAAUGCAGAUAACAUUCUUCACAGAACUAGAACAAAAAAUUCUAAAAUUUGUACGGAAACCCAAAAGACCCCCAACAGCCAAAGCAAUCUUGAGAAAGAAUAAUGCUGAAGGCAUCAUGCUGUCUGAUUUCAAACUCUAUUCUAAAGCUGUAGCAAUCAAAACAACAUAGUAUUGGCAAGAAAACAGACACACAGAUCAAUGGAACAGAACAGAGAGCCCAGAAACAAAACCACACAUAUAUGGUCAGUUUAUUUAUAACAAAGGAGCCAGAAUAUACAAUGGGGAAGGGGCAAUCUCUCCAACAAAUGGUCCUGGGAAAAGUGGACAGUCACAUGCAACUAAAUGAAACUUGACCACUAUCUUACACCAUACACAGAAACUAACACAAAAUAGAUUAAAGACUUGAACAUCGAGAACUGACUUCAAAACUCCUAGAAAUAAAAAUAGGCAGUAAGCUUUUUGACAUUAGUCUUAUGAAGAUUUUUUGGAUUUGACACCAAAAGCAAAGGUAACAAAAGCAAAAAUAAACAAGUGGGACUACAUCAAACUAAAAAGCUCUGCACAGCAAAGAAAACCAUGAAAAAAUGAAAAGGCAACCGACUCAAUGGGAGAGGAAAUUUUCAAACAAUGCAUCUGAUAAAGGAUUAAUCUCCAAAAACUUUUAUCUAGCUAGCUAGCUAGAUAAAAACUCAUACAAUCCAAUAGCAAGAAAAACUUCAAUCGAGUUACAAAAUGGGCAGAAGAUCUGAAUAGACAUUUUUCCAAAACAAGACAAACAGAUGGCCCACAGAUAUGUUACAGGGUGCUCAACACCACUAAUGAUCAAUGCAAAUCAAAUGGAAAAUGCAAAUGAAAACCACAAUGAGAUACCAACUCAAAUCUGUCAGAAUGGCUAUUUUCAAAUGUACAAGAAAAUAACAAGUGUUGUCAAGACUGUGGAGAAAAGAGAAUCCUUGUGUACUGUUGGUGGAAAUGUAAAUUGAUCCAGCCACUUUGGAAAACAGUAUAGAUGUUCCUCAAAAAAUUAAAAAUAGCUCUACCAUACAAUCCAGCAACUCCACUUCUGGGUAUUUAUCUGAAGGAAACAAGAAUACUAAUUCAAAGAGAUACCUGUAGUCCCGUGUUUAUUGCAGUAUUAUUCACAAUAGCCAAGACAAAGAAGCAACCUGAGUGUCCACAGAUGGGUAAAUGGAGAAAGAAGGUAUUUUACACAUACAUAUAUAUAUACACACACAUAUAUAUAAAAAACAUACAUAAUGUAUAUAUAAUUCAUAUAUAUAUGAUGGAAUAUUACUCAGCCAUAAAGAAUGAAAUCUUGCCAUUUUUGAUAACACAGAUGGAGCUUGAGGGCAUUGUGCUUAGUGAAAUAAGUUAGGCAGAGGAAAGCAAAUAAAUACCAUAUGACCUCUUAUAUGUAGAAUCUAAAAAGUUUAAUAAUAAAAGUUAAAAAAUAAAAACCAAGUUCAUAGGUACAGAAAAUAAAUUGGUGGUUGCCAAAGUAGGGGUGGGGUUCAGUGGGAGAAAUGAGCGGAGGCUGUGAAAAGGUGGAAGGAAAGAAGGAAGGCAGGAUGGAAGGAAAGAAGGAAGGAAGGAAGGCAGGAAGGAAGGAAGGAAAUGUUAAGCUUCUAAAUUAACGAAAUUAGAUUUUUUUUUAUGUGAGCUAAUCAAUGUCCUUACAUUUAAGCCAUUUUGGUCGGUAUUUCUGUUAUGUACAGCCACACUGUAUCUAAAAACUUACCAAUAAAAAUGUUAGUUAAAAUAGAAAUCUAUCAGGAAGUAUUUGCCAAAAGUUUACUGUAGACCAUGCACAGUACAUAAUGGUUCUGUCCCUCAAAUUUAGUUUAAUUCAGUGUGUCUCAAAAAGAAACUGAGUUAGUAUCAUGGGGCUGGGAAAGGGAAAGAAAUUGCAAAAAUGCAUAUUCCUUGGCUUUACUAUACACCUACUAACCCAAAUCGUGGGAGUGGUGGGGAAAGCAAAAACGUGUAUUUUACGUAAGGACUUAAGGGAUCCUAAUGUAGGCUGAAGACUAAAUGUUACUGUGUCAUUCAAGACUGGUCACGUGAAUCAGUGAAUGUAAGGCAGAUAUAUAAUAAAGUGCUUAAGUGUGAAAUGUGGAAUAUGAGCUCUCAAGUCAUGCAGACAUUCAGAAGCAGCUCAGCAAACUGGAAGACAAGGCUGAUCCCACCACUUAUCAAGCAAGCAUUUCAGUUACUUCAUCUUUAAACACGGUUAACACUGUGACUACUUCGCUUUGUGGUCCUGAAUUCUGAGAUAACAUGUGAGAAGCAUGUGGGAGGUGGAAGUGAAACCAAAUUUUAAAAACUGUAUUCAACUAAAUUGAAAUAUAAUUCUGACACACUUAUUUUAGCGAUAGUAAUUGUAUUCACUGGCAAGUCUGCUUAGACAUAAUUUGCAAAUCUUUUAGUUAACUUUAAAACCCUGUAUUAAUGUAACAUUCUAUUAAAUAAUGGAUAAUCAUUUAAUAUUUGGAUAAUUUCUACAUAAAAUACUUGAAAUAUUGGUCAUCAAUAUUCGCUUACUAUUUUCAUAUGCUAUGAAACGCUUUUUCUUUACUGAACAUGUUUAUUUUUGCCGCUUUGAAGCUGUAAAAAUGGUGAUUGUGUAGCUAUAGAUAAUUGUUUUAUAUGUGCUCAUGAAAUUUGCUGGUAUGCUAACAAGACUGUGUAUGAAACUGUUAUUACUUACUUUUCAACAUUUAGUGAAAAAUAAAUUAGAUAUUUUGGUUAAAAA